AUGAGUCAAGACUACUUCAACGGCAAAGGCAAGUCGCCCGUGGCACGACCCGACGACGAGCCCUCGAAUUCCGAUGACGUCUCGAAUCAGCCCAGCGGCAACGCGAGACCGCCCGCGUACAUGACUGUCGGGAGUGGGUCAACCUCCAAGCACGCGGCACACCUGCAGGAGCUGCUCGAGCGCGACUCUGGUUACGGCGGCUCUGUUGCCAGCGGUGGCGUUGGCAAUGCCCUCCUGCCCGGCUCUCCCGCCUGGGACUCCGCGACACACGCAGACACGCCCAACUCAGCCGGCUCCGACCGUCGCAUGCAGCCGAGUGCCGUGCACCAGCUCUGGUACAACCAGCACCGCGGGGCCCUCAACCGUGCCAUCAAUAGGGUCAUCGAUCUUCUGAAGGAGCUUCAGCAGGAGAAUGUAAAAUGGCCCGCCCACUAUCCCUCCGUCCAGCGCGCCGAAUCCGACGUCGAACCCACGUCGCCCUCGAGGCCCAGAUACCAACAAACCUUUUCCCACCUCGACGACUUCACCGGUGCAUCCUCCUCCCCUGCUUCACCACCACCCAUGAGGCGCGCCGCCACAUGGGGAGAGGACCCUGCGGCGGCCGAGUCGAGCAGGGCAGCUGAGAGGCGGCCGGCCGCGGAGCCCAGACUGGUCACUCCCCAGAUCGCCCAAGAGUUUUCUGUGCUGAAGCUGGACCUCAAGCUGGGUGCUCUACAUCAGACGCAACUGGUUCACUCUCUGGAGAAGGGUUCAAUCGCUGCCCUCCUUGACGGCAAGAUCAGCUCCAGCAUCAAGCACUUGUUGAACCUGCGAGAGCGAAUCGAAGAUACAGCCAGCAAAGUUUUGGUUACAGGUGAUCUAAACGCUGGAAAGUCCACUUUCUGCAACGCUCUGCUGAGGAGGAAGGUCCUACCGGAAGACCAGCAGCCCUGCACGAGCAUCUUCUGCGAGGUUUUGGAUGCGCGGGAGAACUCGGGCAUCGAAGAGGUUCAUGCAGUCCACAAGGAUGCUGCGUACGACCGGAAUGACGAGACAACAUACGACGUGUAUGCCUUGUACGAGCUUGAGAAGAUUGUCAUCGACAACGACGCCUAUAUGAUGUGCAAGGUCUACGUCAAGGAUGUCCGAACUAUCGACGAGUCAUUGCUCAACAAUGGUGUCGUCGACAUCGCGCUCAUCGACGCACCUGGUCUCAACUCGGACACGACCAAGACCACCGCCGUGUUCGCAAGGCAGGAAGAGAUUGACGUUGUGGUCUUUGUGGUCUCAGCCGCCAACCACUUCACCCAGUCAGCCAAGGAGUUUCUGUGGGCAGCGGCGGCAGAAAAGGCAUAUCUUUUCAUCGUUGUCAAUGGCUUUGACAUGAUUAGAGACCAGCAAAGAUGCCAGAAGAUGAUACUCGACCAAGUUUCCGGCAUAAGCCCAAGGACCUCCAAAGAAGCACAAGAACUCGUUCAUUUCGUGUCCAGUAAUGCGAUCCCUGUGGCCCCAUCUCCGCCGGGCGGCCCUGACGGAGGUGGAAGCGGCAGUUCGAGUGGAGGUGGCGGUGGUGAUGACCCAAGCGGCGACCCCAAGGGCAAAGGCAAAGACAAAGAAAAGCUCCGGGACUUCCAAAAUCUCGAACAGUCCCUGCGAAGAUUCGUAUUGGAGAAGCGAGCACGCUCGAAGCUGGCACCUGCCAAGCACUACCUGCUCAACAUCUUGAACGACGUGAACUCCUUGGCGAAUGUCAAUUCAGAGGUUGCUCAAUCAGAGCUUGAGCGGGUGGGCAAGGAGCUCCGAGAACUCGAGCCACAGUUGGAAGCGAGUAAGAAGGCCCAGAACAAGAUUACUGAUGACGUGAACCACACGAUAGACGAGACGUGCGACGACGUCUAUCAACACACACGCAGCAGUCUCAACCUGGCAAUUGUGCAUGCCGAUGAGGAUCUCGACGUCCCUUACCCUGGACUGUUCCAGGCAUUCGACUAUGCUGAAAGUCUGAAGGAGGCAAUGUUGCACGGUAUCCAGGCCUGUGUCAACGACUGUGAGGAGUAUGCACGUGGCAAGGCUGUCGGUGGCGUCAAUGCUAUCAAGCAGCUCGGUAUCCUGCACCUAGGCAACGAGUACACCGGACUCAACUUCCACCCGGAUGUGAUGUUCCGGCGCAGACGCGACGUCUUGGCUAAGCAGAUCGACAUCCCGACCGAGCUGUGGGACUUUGUCGACUGGUCGACUUUGAUGCAGCGUCAAGAGAAGGUGGCUGGAACGGGCAUGGCUCUGACAGUGGCGACAGCAGUUGGCACCCAGAUGAUCGGUGGUGCUGGCUGGAUGAACCACGCCUUGAGCGUAGCUCGGGUGAUGGGCAACGACAACCUCCGCCGGAUGAUCAUCCCUGGCAUGGUUGUUGCUGCUGUCGCCGCCGGCGCCUACGUCCUCAGCCAAAUCCCCCAUUCCCUGCCCCACCGCCUUUCCACCAAAAUCUCGGCCCAGCUGGAGGCAUUAGAGUACGCGCACAACAACGCCAAUCGCAUAUCCGGCUCCGUGCGCAAGGUGCUGCACACGCCCAAGGACCACGUCGUCUUCAACCUCCAGCGGUCGGUGGAGCAGCUCGGCAAGAAGCGCGAGGAGACGCUCAAGGUGAAGAAGGAGAGCAGCGACGCGCUCAAGUACUUCACCAACCUCACGCGGGACAGCGCGCAGCAGCGGUCCAUGGUCGAGGCCGUCGACCUGGAGAACCACCCCACUGGUGUGCAAUGA